AUGGCUGUUAGGAUCGUGACCUUUCUUUCUGUUUUCCUCAUUUUACUCAUUUAUUCAUCUGCAGGCACAGUUAAGGGUUUUGAUGAUGGCGUGAAUACCAUUUCCUCAAUCCACAAGGGCGGUGUCCGACUAAAUUCAAGGAAGCUCUUGGUGCACGAAUCAGUGUUAGAUUAUGACGAUGCAGGAGCCAACACCAAGCAUGAUCCCAGGAAGGGGAAACCUGGUGGAGGUGGUGGCAAGAACCACUGA